GAUAAUCACAGUUUUUAGCUGAUAUACAUAUGUGAAAAGUAUUUCAGUAUAAAUAUUUUGUAAACAGUUUCGCCACAAUUCUGAUUUACAACUGAUAGAACUCCCCGGAAGCGAAAGAGACAGAGAGUAAAAGCGAGAGAGAGAGAGGGAGAUCAGAACCCUCCACACAAGCGCAAUGUUGAGAUUUACAUGCAUCAUUUUAUUAUUGGCAACCACCUGCUGCUUGCCCCUGAUCCAAGCGUGCAGUCGUGUGCCACAGGGCGUCACCGCAGCCAAAUCGCCAGUUGAUGAGAAUUUUGUGCUUUCCGUGGCGGGAAAUGCACAGAGCUAUGUGCCCGGCCAGAAAUAUAAUAUCACGCUGAGCGCCUACUCGAGUCUGUCGUUUGUGAGCUUUAUGCUCGCACUGGAAAUGGAGUCCGGCGAUGCCGAAAAUGAGCCAAAUGCCAUGGGCGCCUUUGAGAUAAGUGAUUUGGCGGAGACACGCUUCAGUCCGCGCUGUGCCAAUGUCGUGGAGAACACAAAUACGAAUCUGAAGACACACGUCGAGAUCGUCUGGGCAGCUCCCACCAUGCCGGGCCAAGGCUGUGUGCUGAUCCGUGCGACAGUCGUGCAGCAUCGCGAUGUUUGGUUCAUGGACGAUGGUUUGCUGACCAAGCGCAUGUGCGAGGAGGAGGUGGAUGAUAUCAAUACACAGCCCAGCAUUGUGGAUCCCUGCUGUGCCUGCGAUGAGGCCAAAUAUGAGCUAACCUUCGAGGGUAAAUGGUCACGUCACACGCAUCCCAAGGACUUCCCUGCCAAUAGCUGGCGCACAAGAUUCAGCGACAUUAUUGGCGCCUCCCACACCAUUGACUAUCGCUUCUGGCAGUAUGGGGAGCUGGCCAGCGAGGGUUUGCGCGAGGUGGCCGAGCAUGGCUCCACGCGGACUUUGGAGAGUGAGCUGAAGGAUCAGAGCGACCACAUAAGGACGAUUAUAAAGGCGCGCGGCAUUGCCUAUCCGAAUGUGACGGGCAAGACAUUUGCCGUCUUCCGCGUCGACUCCCAUCAUCAUUUGAUAUCAUUGGUCUCCAUGGUGGAUCCAUCGCCCGAUUGGAUUGUGGGCGUCUCUGGACUGGAGCUGUGUUUGCCCAAUUGUUCGUGGGUAGAGAACAAAGUGCACAAUCUAUAUCCCUGGGAUGCGGGCACCGAUAGCGGUCCUUCCUAUAUGUCUGCGGAUCAGCCUCAGGUGCCACCCGACGUGGUGCGUCGCAUCAAGUCUAAUUAUCCCAAUGAUCCCCGCUCGCCAUUCUAUGAUCCCACGGGCGCAGAGAUGAAGCCUCUGGCCACUCUACACAUAAACAGGCGUCGUCUUUAUGAGAAGAAUUGCGAAGCAGCUGAUACGGAGCAGCUGCCUCCGGAAUGCGGCACAACCGCUUGGACUCGUUGGGAUGAGUGCAGCGCCAAGUGUGGACCUGGCAAGCAGUACCGAACGCGCGAGUUUAAGAAUCCUACGCUAGCCAUGCGUCACAGAUGCAACAAUGCUCUGCGUGAGGAGAAGCACUGCAUGGGCCGCAAGUGCGCUUCGUUUAACGAGGAGAUGUCGGAGGGUACGCAGCCCGAGGCGGAACCGCCCGGCACCGAUCCCGAGUGCGGGCUAUCCGAGUGGACCGAGUGGUCCUCGUGCACGGUGACCUGUGGAACGGGUGAGAUGAUACGCAGCCGCCACUAUCUCAAUCGGCGAGCCAAGAAGAAAUGCCAGAAGGCAAGCAAGGCGCGACUACAGGAAAGCAAACCCUGUGAGGCCAGCGACUGUGGCGGCGACAUCGGCAAUGGGGCGGGCGGCGAUGCCGAGCAGGAGGGAGAUCAGCCCGAGGCGGCCGAUGGUGAAGGUGGCUCUGCAGAGAAGCGCUCGCUAUUUCGCAACUUCCAAAGCUACAGUCAACGCAGGGAGGACUAUAUACCGCCAGUGUGCGGGGUGUCACCAUGGUCGGACUUCUCGCCCUGCCUGGGACCCUGCGGCGGCACGGGCAAACGUCAGCGCAUGCGUAAAGUGUGGAACAACAAUGACGUCUAUGGUGUGCGCGAUCCCAAUGACGACGGCAGCGAUCCCUGUCGCCAUAUCAAGCUGCUCGAGGAGGUCAACUGCACGAAUCCCAGCUGUGACACCAUUGUGCCUUCCUUCUGUUACGAAACGCUGCGCGAGAGCCACUGCCGGGACAGCGAUGUGGCCAACUAUUGGUACUAUGAUCAUGUGAGCGAUCAGUGCGCCAUUUACUGGUCGGAUCGCUGUGACACCAACCAGAACAAAUUCAAGUCGAAGGAGCAGUGUGAUGAGACCUGUCGCCUGCCCCGACACAAAAUGGAGCUGCAAAACGAACGCCUCGGCUCGGAGCAGCCGCAACGCGUGGACUGUCUGGUGUCCGAGUGGAUCGCGCACAGCUGCAAUGCCAGCUGCGGCGAUGGUGUCCAGUUGAGAACGCGUCGCGUGCUCCGUACACCCAAAUACGGUGGCAAACAGUGUCCCAAGCACUUGGUGCGCCUGGAUCGCUGCUAUCAGCGCUGCGAUGACAUGUACUCGGUGAGCGGCGCCUUUGGCGAACGGCGUCACAUGCCCGCCAAGCUGCAGCCCCUGGAGCCACGGGAUGAAUGCAACUACUCCGAGUGGUCCGCCUGGACGCCCUGCACCGCCAGCUGCGGCGAGAACUCUGUGCGCCAGCGUACACGCACGCUGCUCAACACCGAUCUGAGCUACAAGUGCAAGGACAGGGUACGCAUCGAGAAAUGCGUCAUGAUGCCGUGCAUGCUCAGCAGCAAUGACGAGAGCGAAAAAUGGUGAGAUGGCGAGAAUGCCCUUCUGAUAAUCCUUAUCAACUACUCUAGCGUCAAGUAUUAGCUGCUCCUUGUUUGCAUGUAUACUGGGGCAAUGGCUACCAAACUCAAAAUGUACUCGUAUUAAUAAACAACAAAGUUGUAUAAAAAUA